CUCCUCCUCCUCCUUCUUCUUCUUCUGCUGUUCGGCCUACAGGUUGCUCCGUCGUCUCACCGAUCAAUCCGCGCGCGCGCAGCCAAUGAGGUCUCGCGCAGGCGGUCCGUUGCUAAGGGGGAGUUUGGUUGAGCCUCCGCGUCGCAGCCAUUCAGCAGCGGUGGCUGAAGCGAUUGGACUGCCAGCGUCUCUCCCGACUCUUUCUGUGGAAUUUGAAUUAUUUCGGGCACUGCAGACGGUUCGCGGUACAUCGGCGACGGCACCGACGGGCCAUCUUCCGGGUCGCAGCGGGGAUCACAGGGAGCUCAGCGAUGAACAAGCUUCGGCAGAGCUUCCGCCGGAAGAAAGACGUCUACGUGCCGGAGUCGAGUCGGCCGCACCAGUGGCAGACGGACGAGGAGACGGUCCGCAGUGGCAAAUGUAGCUUUGCAGUCAAGUACCUGGGCCAUGUGGAGGUGGAGGAGUCCCGAGGCAUGCACAUCUGCGAGGAUGCGGUGAAGCGGCUUAAGACGGACAGGAAAUUCUUCAAGGGAUUCUUUGCAAAAGCCGGGAAGAAGCCGGUGCGCGCCAUGUUGUGGGUGUCGGCAGACGGCCUUCGCGUCGUCGACGACAAAACAAAGGACCUGAUCCUGGACCAGACGAUAGAGAAGGUGUCGUUCUGCGCUCCGGACCGUAACUUUGAGAGGGCGUUCUCCUACAUCUGCAGAGACGGCACCACGCGGCGCUGGAUCUGCCAUUGUUUUAUGGCCAUUAAAGACUCGGGAGAGCGCCUGAGUCACGCCGUGGGUUGCGCCUUCGCCGCUUGUCUGGAGCGCAAACAGAAACGGGAGAAGGAGUGCGGGGUCACGGCGACCUUCGACGCCAACAGAACCACGUUCACCCGCGAGGGCUCGUUUCGCGUCACGACGGCGACGGAGGCGGCGGAGCGGGAGGAAGUCAUGAGGCAGCUGCAGGACGCUAAAAAAGAGGAGACGGACGUGAAGGUCACCGGGAACUCGGCCACCGGCGCGACCAACUCCUCGGCGCACUCGACGGAAAGCUCCCCGUCCCCCUCGUCCUCGCCGCCGCUCUCCGUGUCCGCGCCGGGACCCCAGGUGAUCCCGCGCAGGCACGCGCCGGCCGAGGCGCUCGCCAGGCAGGGCUCCUUCCGAGGCUUCCCGGUCCUCAGUCAGAAGACGUCUCCCUUCAAGCGGCAGAUGUCGCUGCGCAUGAACGAGCUGCCCUCCACCGUGCAGCGCAAGUCCGACUUCCCCGUGGCCGACACGGUGGUUGAGGUAGAAGGAGAAAAUGACAGCAUCAGUUCGCUGUGCACUCGGAUCACCUCGGCGUUCAGCGGGCCCCCAGAGGACCCCUUCUCCUCGGCACCGAUGCCCAAACCAACGUCGUCCCCUCAGUCUCCUGUAGCGCCAGUGAACGGCACGUCUCCCGCCUUCUCUGUUGUUGCUGCUGCUAACCCCCCCGCCCUGCCCCCCGCCCUGCCUGCUCGAGACACUAACCCCUGGGCUAAUACUCCAGCGGGAGCCCCGGCCUCGGCACAGCCAGGAAGUAACUGGUCAUCGCCGACUCCGGUGAUGGUGGUCCACCCCAACUCCUCCCCCUCCAUGUCCUCCCACAGACGCACCUCGUCAGAAGCAGACCGCUGGUUAGAAGAAGUCACCAAGUCUGUCCGGGUGCCGCAGUCUCAUCCCGUCGUGGCAGCGGCCGCGCUUCCCGCCCAGUUCACGGCCCCCGUGGUGAUGCCCGUGGUGGCGCCCGUGGCGAUGCCCGUGGCAUUGCCCGUGGCGGCGCCCGUGGCGUUGCCCGUGGCGGCGCCCGUGGCGGCGCCCGUUCCCUCCGUCACCCCGGUGGCCUUCAUGUCCUCUCUGUCCUCCGCCGUGCCCAUGUUGCCGCCCCGCCAGCCCGCCUUCCACCCUCAGGCUCCGGCCUCCUACCCGAUGCCCAACGGGCUGCCGUUCCCUCAGCCCGGAGCGCCCGCGGCGGUCGGCAUCACUCCUUCCCAGAUGGUGGCCAACGUGUUCGGCUCGGCCGCGCAGCCGUUCCCCGCCCCGGCCUCCACGCCGCCCAAGCACGACCCCCAGGCCGUCUGCCACGUCAGCCCGUUCAUCAAACCCCCGCCGCCGUCCAACGCGCCGGCGGCCCCCCCCCCCGCCCCCCUCCAGCCGUCCAACGGCAGCGCGACCUUCAACGGGGCGGACGACUGGGCCGCUCCGGCCCGACUGGCUCCGGCCUCCCCGUUCGCCCAGCCGCCCGCGCCGCCGCUGGAAGAUGCCUUCGAGGCCCAGUGGGCCGCCCUGGAGGGCCGCUCGCGCCAGCGCACCACGCCCUCCCCGACGAACCCCUUCUCCACUGAGCUGCACAAGACCUUUGAGAUCCAGCUCUGAAGACUGUGUGUGAGAUGAGAAAGUUCUGGACGAUAGGCGGGGGAGCAGAUGGAUGAUUGACUAAAGAAGAGAGGGGAACGCCCCUCUGCCUCUCUGCCUCUCUGCAUCUCUGCAUCUCGGUGACGGUGGACAAGCAGCACCGUCAAAAGCUGGGAGGCGGUGAAGAGCGACGGGGGAACCGACAGGGAGCCGAACUCUGCACAGCAGCACGGGGAGGAAAAUAGAACUCAAGCGGUCGCUGCUCACGAGGUUACAGCUCCCCGGGCGUUUCAUUAACAGCGUCUGUAUUGUUUUGUUUGCGCUGCGCGGCACGAGCUCGCCGUUACCCGGCGGAAUAUCUGUACCACACCUAACCCCCCGUCAGCCCCCCCCCCCUCACCCAGGUGCUCGUUCAAGCUCCCAGUGCUCCCAGUUCACAGGAUGAGACCUCCCUCACCUGGCAGAGGAACUGCAGCACUGAGAGAACUCCGCUUCCAGAUGAAAAAGUUCCCAGUAAUAACUUCCCAGUCAGAAGAGUAUAGUGAGAUGAUGCCAAAAUCUUUAUUUUUAUGCAUUACGUAUAUUUUAAAAAGCUUUGGAAUCUAACAGAAGAGUUGUAAGUAAUCGUGCCAAAGGCACAGGCUAGCUACAAUGAGACAAGUUUAUGUUCGUGUAUACAAGAAAUGACCGUAUAUAUUAUACAUAUAUAUAUAUAUAUAUAUAAAGAAUCUAUACUGUACACACAGCUCACAGCAGUGCUAAUUUUUAAUGUGAUGUAAAGAGAUUUUGUGAAGGGACAGCUGCUUUACAUUUGAGUUGUUGUUUUUAAGGUUUUUUUGAGAAGAAAAAUCUCUUUGUUGCUGUCUGUUGCAUCCUGUGAUUGGAUGUGAAGCGUCUCUGUAAAUAUGGUAUCAUUGCAGCAACAAUCAAUGUGGACGUAGCAACGGUGGUGGUGCCCAACUGGCUGCCUCUCUUACCUGUGCUCAGUUUUUGACCAUUUAUAGUACACAUCAGUACUUAACAUUUGACGUCUUCAUUGUCAUUCUUUUUUUUUGUGUGGUAAUGAUCUUGUUUUUCUAUUUAACAGUCGGAUGUAAUUUCCUGUCCCUCCACCUCUUAUAUAUAUUUUUUUUAAGUAGUUGAUUUCUUAAUUUUUACUUUGCACAAGCACUAUAGUAGAUGAUUUGACCUCACGGGUGACCUUGAUCCGAGUUAGUCAGUUGUGGUGUUGCAGCAGCUGACGGCUUGCUGACCGGCCACAACCUCCGUCAGCCUGCCGUGGUUCUGACCGUCAGCAGGAAACUACAAAGAGAAACAAAACGGUUUCAUCUCACUGUCUGAUUUUUCUCUGAUUUUAAGUUUUUGUUUUUUGUUUUUUUUAAUCAAACCUGUGAAUAUGACCUCAUCUGAUCUAUUUUUCCAUUUUGUAAUUAUUUCAUUACUUUAUUCCACUUUUUUGGAGAAAUAUUGAAGCUAAAAGAUUGAAUAAAUUGAUGG